AAAGACAUACUGUGAAAGACAAUGCAUGUGCGUCUUUCUGCCUCUGAGUUUUUACGUUACUCUUGUUCUUUCCUGUUACUAAUGAAGACUGGUUGAUUUUUUUCUACGCUUUUAAAACUGGAGUAUAGGCUUUGGAGUUCUAUGUUUUGUUGGAAAUGUAUUUCCAUUCUUUCAGUUGCAAAUGAAGUUGAAUUGCAGAAACAUGGUGAAGCACACUAACAUCUGAUUCGGAGAAGAGCAUCUCCACUGCCAGGCAUAUCCGACUGUAGACGAGGUUACUGGUCAGAUAAUGUUGUGCAGAAUGGCUCAGAAGGCAGCAUCCUUUUUAUAAUGAACAGCUCUCCUACACACUACUUUGCUCAUCUGGAUCCGGACAAAGCAGAAGCACUGAAUGAAAUCCCAGAUGUGGUGUACAGGACUGCUCUGAAGCUGCACUCCCUUCAAAAGCGUUGCCACUUACACUUGAUUGACGUUUCACUGAUAAAACGGAUCCUAGCACCAUGCCAAGCCAAGAUGCAAGAGGAUGGCUCAGUCUCAGUGAAGGAUCUUUCUGUGGCACUGCAAAGACUGUUCCAUUGUGCCAGCAAGGAAAAGUUGAGCCCUGUCGAACCCAAAGCUGUCCAACUCACCCUGAACCUACUGACUGCCACAUAUGACAGAACUGGGACGGGAUUUAUCCAUCUACGAUCUGUCGCUGCUGCACUAAUCGCCUUGUCAGUGGAUAGUCUUUCAGCAAAAUACAGAGGCCUUUUCCAGCUACUUAUCCAGUACGGUGAUAAUCAGUUUGCUCCUGGGAACCAAGUAACAAGAAGCAUUCUAAGAAUCCUGCUAAAUGACCUCAUAAAGAUUCCUGCAGCAGUCAGUGAAAACAAUAAAUUUGGUGAUGUAGAAAAUACAGUGAAGACCUGUUUUAAAGGGGUUUCGAACCCAGGAAUUAAUGAAGAACAGUUCAUGAUGUGGCUUCAGUCAGAGCCUCCGCUCCUCCUUUGGAUUCCUACUCUGUACAGAAUAUCUGCUACUGAAGCUGUCGUACAUCCUGUGAAAUGCAGUAUUUGCAAGAUUUUCCCUAUCACUGGACUCAGGUACAGUUGUUUGAAGUGUCUCAACUGCAACCUUUGCCAAGUGUGUUUCUUAAUAGGAAAGGAAAGCAAACAUCACAAGCAAAGCCAUCCAAUGGAAGAACACUAUAAAUCGCAGACAUCACUAAAAGAAAAUGUGAAACAUUUUGCCCGCAUUGUGAGAAACAAUUUGCUGAGAGAACGCUGCAAAAGAAAAGAAUUUCUAAGAAGAGCCUUAAUUGUCAUGCAGAGUGGCAAUGCCUCGUCAGGCAACCAAGAGUUGAUCACAGGAGAGGGUUUAGAACAUCAGGAAAAUGCAGAAAUGAUGAAUGCUGCACCAGCUAAUACUGGACAUCAGGAAGAGCAGGAAAUGCCAAAUUCUACAAUAGUCAACAGUGGACUUCAGCACCAGCCUGACGUGUAUGCUGCCGAUGUUUUAGUAGCUCAGCACGUCAGUGGUAAAAUGAAGCAGAAGGCCACAGAGCAGCACCAUGGAAAUUCUGCCCUUCAGCAGCAGAAGCCAAAACAAUCCAGAAAUCGUGACCUGAUUAGGAAACUGGAGUUGCAUGAUAUGCAAGCUGCUAUUAGGAUACUGCAAAAGGAGAACAGGUACUUGGAGAAGAAGUUUGAAAGGUGGAAGGUUAACACUCAGUGCCAGCAUUGUCCACAAGAAAAAGAAUGUUGUAAAUUAGAAGCAAAGAUUGAUUCUCUUGUUGAGCAAAACCUGAAGUUGCAAACUGAGCUAAUGCAGUUACAGCAGAUUCUUCAGACAAAACAAGAAUCAGACUCUGUAGGUCAUCCUUUGACAACAAACUGCCACAAUUUGAUGCCAGUAUACACAGGUCCACUUCUUCCAUCUAGCCACCAGGACACAUGCACUGAAUCUGGACAACAGUGUUUGUCAAACAAAAGCGGACAAGACAUACCUAUAAUGGCUCAAUUACAUGUUACAUCUUCAUCUCCUGAGGAUAACCCAGAAGUAGUAGCCCAGAGCUCAGCCCUAAAGGGUCCGAAAGAAAUAGGGCUAAGAUCAGAUGUGAUACACCAGCAUCCAAUAACUAUGCCACCAAAUAGCAGCAGAAGGUCAACAGAAAGCAAUAAUGACGCAGUACAGCCACUGCUAUGGACAGAUAGCUUCACAGAUGUAGCAUUAACAGGAGACUUGCUCAUCACUGCUGAAGUCAACGAGGAUGGAAUCAUCAAUGCUGAGGAGAAGAACAGUACCAUUGCCUGUGAUGAGGAAGAGAAGCUCUUUCAUCACAUACAGAAGCUGAAGGAUGCUUUGUCUUUUAAAGUACAAGCAGGUCCCUCUUCAGCUCUGAAGCAGGAUUUGUUGUCAGUGGCUAGUCAUCUUGAAAAAUCCUUUUCUCAUCUUGUCAACCAAGUUGCAAGCCAGUAACACAUUGCAAUGGAAGUCAACAAGACUGGCCUCUACUCCAUAUCUAAAUCGGAUUUUGUGCUAUAUGUGUUAGAUCUGCUACAAUUUAGCUGUACAGAUAGCAUAAUAAUUUCUUAUAAAAAUGUAGAACAUUCAACUAUGAUCACCGAUACCUGAUCUCUAUAUGUGUUAGUACAUUACUUUUUGUAUUUGAAGUUUAGGAAACAAAAGUCUUUGAUGUAAGUAAAUUAGUACAUGAGGUGCGAUAAAAGCAGUGCAGGAGGGUUUCAGAACUCUAAAGAAGAAGACUAAGUUUAGUGAAAUAUAUGGAAUUUGUGAUUUUUGUCAUCGAUGUGUAUGUGACAUUGUCCAUAAUGUAUAUGAUGAGAUACACUAUUUUUUAGAAACUUUUCAAGAUUCACAACUAAUUGGCAAUAAAGUGCAUUAUUUCCUUA